AUGUUAACGGCAUCGCGCCGGUCUAUCCUCCGCCGAACCCGCGACGCCUGCCUCGCUAGGUGGGGUCUCCUCGACUGGCUCAGGCUUCUCUGGUGCUCCGUCGUUCUCUGGUACGAGUUUGGCACCUUCUACGUCGCCCUGUGGUCUUGUCCUUGGCCAGACACCGCUCUACCCACGGUGACCUGCCAUCCAUCCAAGCAUCACGAAAAGCCAGCCCAUGUGCUCCUCAUCGCAGAUCCCCAGGUCCGGGAUUUGUCCACAUCCCGCCGCCUUGGCUUCUCCGCCUUCCGCCAGUUCCUUGUGGAUUUCACCCUCAAGCGGAACUGGCAUUUUGCGUCCCGGCUGAGACCGCAUGUAGUGGUCUUCCUCGGGGAUCUUCUCCCGUCUUGGCGUUUCAUCAAGUCCGACGACGAAUACGAACGCAAUUUGCGUCGGUUCAAGAGCAUCUUUCACCUCCCGGGAGGCGUUACGUCAUUCUAUAUACCGGGGAAUAACGACGUCGGAUUAAACAUAGAGCCCGCGUUCGCCCGCCAAGCCCGACAUAGGUUCACGACACACUUUGGACCGUUAAACCAGGCUGUUACAUUGCGCAACCACACCCUGGUCAUGUUAGAUGCGGCAGGCCUCGCCGAGGAGGAUUAUGUGCGGGCCGCUACAUACACCGACUUUGAACAGUGGUCUUCCGUCCCGCACGGGCCUGUAGAGUUCAUACGCUCUCUGAAAGACGGUAGGAUACAUGCCGACACACAACCUACAAUACUGCUCACCCACAUACCUCUAUACCGUCCAGACAGCGCGUCUUGCGGACCACUACGUGAGAAGGGUAACAUCCGUCGGGGAGUUGGGCCGGGAUACCAAAACACGUUCGGAAAGAAAACGUCCGCAUUCAUGCUACAGACUUUGCGACCAAGUUUAGUGUUAAGCGCGGACGACAAAGAUUAUUGUGAAUACGUUCACGUUGCCCCGAAACACGUUGGGACUGUUACAGAUACGCCCCAGACGAACACUGCAACAAAGCCCGUUCGGGAGGUCACUAUCAAGGCCAUUUCACCCUCCCCCAGUAUACGCUACCCUGGUUUCCAGCUGCUCUCUUUGGCAACACCAUCACACCCCGGCCAACCUGCGCUCUCAGACUCCCCUUGCUUCCUCCCCGACUAUCCUCAUGUGUACUACUGGCGCUAUCCUCCACUGUUACUUCUAACUGUCGUCGGCCUCGUCGUCCUCCGCCUC